AUGAAGUUUCGGGCUAAGCUCGUGGAUGCGGCCUGUCAGAACAACUUCACGCGAGUCAGUAACGUGAUAGCCAGGCUUGCCAAAACCUGCACUCUGCGUAUCAGUCCGGAGAAGUGGAACUUCGUCCUCUCUGACAGGGUGGCCCGUGGAGGGGUGAGCAUGUGGUGUGAGCUGGAGCAGGAGAACUUCUUCAGCGAAUUUCAAGUGGAAGGUGUCUCCGCAGAAAACAAUGCGAUUUAUUUAGAGCUAACAUCGGAAAGUUUAUCUCGAGCCUUGAAAACUGCCCAGAAUGCCCGAACCUUGAAAAUCAAGCUGACUAAUAAACAUUUUCCCUGCCUCACAGUUUCUAGAGAGCCGUUAUCCGUGUCAAGCAGUAGUUGUGUUGUGACACAUGACAUCCCUGUAAAGGUUAUUCCUAGAAAACCGUGGAAGGACUUACAAGAACCGACGGUCCCAGAUGCUGACGUUAGUAUUUAUUUACCAGUCCUGAAGACUAUGAAGAGCAUUGUGGAGAAGAUGAAAAACAUCAGCAAUCACCCUAUUAUUGAAGCAAACCUAAAUGGAGAAUUGAACUUGAAAAUAGAAACUGAACUAGUGUGUGUCACAACUCAUUUUAAAGAUCUUGAGAAGCCUCCAUUAGGUCUUCCAAAACUAUGUUGGAAAAACGUGGCAGAAGUGGACAUCCUUAUCUUGUACCUGAUCUUAGAGGAAAUGCUGUCAGCUUUUCACCGUUGACUAUGAUGUUGGCUGUGGGUCUGUCAUA